AUGAUUCUGCCUCGCGAGCAUGAGACGCCCUUCAACAAGGCGCCGUUGAUACGGGCCGUGACGGCUCUUCUCAUGGUUAUUUCCAUUCUAUCCGCCAUUACCCGCCUGGUGACCAGAAUGGCAACAGCGGGCAACCUCAAGCUGGACGACAUACUUGUCGGCACCUCCACGAAGAUCAUGGCUAUUGCGCAGUCGAUCGCCGUCAUUAUCCAGGGUGCGAACGGACUGGGGAAGAUGCAAGGCCUGUCCGCCGAUCAGGUCUCGUCAAUCUUGAAGGCGCAAUACACAUCGGACGUACUAUUCAUUCUCACAUUGCUCUUGGCAAAGAUCUCAGCCACGAGGACCGUCUGGGGCAUGGCUCCUCGAAAGCGUCGAGGAUUGAUCUGGGCCACCGAAGGCUUGAUUGGUGUCUGGGCAUUAUCGUCGAUAGCAGCUUCAUUUUUCCAAUGCUCUAUCCCAGAGCCUUGGGAUUACAUGAAAGGCCAAUGCUUCAAUCGGUACGCCUUCUGGGUUUAUGUUGAUGCUUUGAACAUCAUCACCGACCUCGCCAUCACGUCCAUUCUUGUCGACAUGUUUAUCCACUUAAAGACAUCGGUCGCCAAGAAGACGUUGGUCAUUGGCGUCUUUGGGUCCCGCACAUUCAUCAUUCCUCCUAUCAUCUGCCACAUGUACUACUACAAGGCCGCGACUGAGUCCAACAACCCCAUGUUUGACAUGUGGCCGCCGACAAUUAUAACCCAAGUCAUUUUGUGCAUGAGCGUCAUGGCUACGUGUAUUCCCUACCUCAAGCCGUUCCUUGAUAGUCUUGAAUCAGGACAGAUGAUUGCUGGAGACCUUCGUGGAGCGAGCAGCAAGGGAAGCAACAGCAGAAGCAGAAGCGGACCAAGUGGUUACGCCUCAGCUUCGGCCCACACGAGCCGUCCUCGAGACAAGUCGGCAAGGGGAAUAAUGUCGGUCGCUACCAUGGCUACGAACGCUUCUUAUCGGAGACAGAAUUACGAAAUGAUGGAUAUGGGCAAGUCUCGCGACCGGGGAAACAAGGCCACCGUCACUGCAGCUUCUGAGGCCAAUGGCUCGUGGGACCGCCAUAGCCAGACAAGCCAGACGGUACUUGUCGAGCAGAGCUGGACAGUGGAUGUACACAGGGAGCGUAGUGGCACCACAGGUGCUUGA